GGCAGUGAGGGGCCAGACAGAGACAGACGCGCCGCUACGCCUCGCAAUCGGCCGCUCUGCUAAUACUACGCGCUACUCUAUUCGCCGCCAUACUGCGUCCGCAACGGACAGGCUUGUCUCUGUGUGCUGUGCGACUAGUGACUGUGUGUCUCGCCAAGAGUGAGAAAAAGAGAGAGAGAGAGCUUUGUUUUCCUGUUUCCUUGUUGUUAACCAAGUUUUGACAAUUAAAAAGUGAGUCGAAGUGGCAAUAGAAUACUGUAAUAUGAGUGCGCGAGUGUUAAAUCAAGCCGCGAUGAUGUCCGAAAUGACCAGGAUGGCCUCAAGUGCAAGCAAUUCGACUAAGGUUAUUCCCUCCAAGUAUCGCAUCUCUCCCAAUCAAGCAGCUCUGGCCAAAGUGCGUCGUGAUUUGUUUGGACCCGUGGAUCAUGCUGCUACCCAAGCGCUCGUCGACCGCGAGCUCAAAGCUCAGGCGGAACUCGAUUCCAAGCGAUGGGGAUUCGACUUUAAGAUGGAGAGGCCCCUCAAAGGCACCAGAUACGAUUGGAAGCUCAUCUCAGACAAAGAUUAUGUUCCAGAGCCAUAUGCUCUUAGAAGCAUGAAAUGUCUCACUAAGCGUAGGUCGUUCUACGCCAGUAAGUUGACCAAACCACAGUGCUCCUUGAAGCUUACUCCAAAUAAGCUCUCAAAAAUUAUUUCUGAAACAAUCAUCAAAGAAGUUGUUGCACCCGAUUGUCAAAUUUCUUGCACAAGCACAUGUGAAAAGACACCACCACAGCAAGAAAUUAGAUCAGCGCUUGAAAGUAAAUCACACAGUUUGGCAAAUAUUAGCAAAUAUUCACAGAAUGAUGAAAGCAGUUCACCUAAAUCUAAACAAUCUUCUCCAGCGACGCAGAAACAAGUACCCAUCACUGAAUUUUUGAAAAACCGUAAACGACCCCUGUCAUCUAAGAACAAGUCAAUAGAACCACCACUAAAAAUAUCAAGAAAUACAAAUGUUCUUCAAAGAUAAAAAGAUCUUCAUCUUCAUAAUUGUCUUGAUAUGUAUAUGUAUAUCAAUAUUGUAUCUGCUUGUACAAUGAAGUAUAUAAAAUUAUAAAAUUAGUAUACAAGAAAUGAUAUGUUCUACAGUGUUAAGGACUUGAAAAGUUUUCUACGGACCAUUUGCAGUGCCAUUGAUUUAUAAUGUGCCAAUUUAAUUGGAAAAAAAGACAAAUUUCAUGUGCAGUGAAAUGAAGAAACAAGAUUGAAAAGGCUUUAGAAUGGCCCAUGUAGAAUGAUUUUCAAUAUGUAAUCCUAUCUUUUGAAGUUUGUGUUAUAAGUGAUCAAUAUUUUAAACUAAAUCUAUUGUUAUAAUUUAGCAAUUAAUCACUUAUUUGUAAUCAAAUUUCUAGUAAUUUUAGAAAAAAAUUCAUUUGCAUACUUUCAAUGCUUCUUAGUUACUCUCUUAAAAUAAUGACAAGCUGAUCACGGGCUGUGCAAUACCCAAUAGCUAUAUUGGUCGCCGUUGCAAAAUUUUGCAAGAUUUUUAGCAAUUUUGAAAUGUCAUUGUGAGACUAUAACCAAUAUGUACUGGUUUGAAUAAGAAAUGAAAUGCUGCUGAGGGUGCAAUAUACCCUAGAGUAACUAAGAAGUGUUAUUAUAAAAAGGUGUGCUAUGGUUUUUAUUUAAUGAUCUCAUCAUUGUUUAGACUUUUGUUGAUUGAAACUAAUAAUUUGAAUAUGUUAUGCGCGAUAGAUUGUUUUAUGUAGAAUCUUAAUAGUCAUUAUGAAAUUGGAAGAAAUUAUUGCAAUUACUCUUUCGUCAUGGUGGCACUUAAGAAUAUAAAAUCUAUUGAAUCAUUUGUGAUGAUUUAAAAUUUGCAUAUAACAUGUUCCAUAUUGAGCAAUGUCAUAAACAAAAGUUCUAGAUCAGAAAAACUUUAGAAUUAACUUCUAUAUAAUAUAACUGUAUGGCGUAAUUGUUAUUUGUCAAGUGCCCGUGUGCUUUACUUUAAAAGAUUAAUGUGCAGAUGAAUUAAUUAAUAGAUUCUAUUAUUAAAUUUAUAAAAAUAGAGUUAGUUUGAUUCAUUUAUGCACUUGAUUUAUGGUGGUUGAUGAAAAUAGAUAGUUACUAGUAUCAAACUUUGGAAUCAUUGUCUUUCGACGAAUCAUGGUCGUUUACUUUUUCAGUAUUUUGUUCCAUAUACAACUAAAAUUAGUGUUAUUCAUUACUAAUUAUCAUGUAAUAUUGUUUUGUGCAUCGAAAAUUUAAGCAUUCUCUGUAUUACUGCAUUACUGAGUACUACAUAUGAAUAAUUUAAUCUUUUGAGCAAAAAGUUAAAUUUGAGAUCAAAUAGUAGUUAUCAAGCUACAACAAAUUUCAACUGUAGAUCAAUAAUGUAUCAGACAAUGUUUGAUGAAUAAUUUAUUGUUUAUGACCACUGUAUAUUUACUGAUUUUCUGACUUGAUCCUAGCAGCAUGGUUUAUUUGAUUAAAUAGUAAUCAUUUACAAUAGAAUUUUCUAUUAUCAAUUGAUCAAUAGUUUUCAAUUAACUACUUUCCAAAUAGUUUUGAUUAAAGUGCGCCAGACAAUUUGUAGAUUUUAUUUAAUAAAAACUUAUUCUUGUAGUAAUAUAAGAUUACAAUAUUAUUGUAUUUACUCUACUUCUUGUAAAUAAAUCUAUUUUAUUAAACUAA